CAGGAACCAGACUGAACAAGCGACGACGAUGGCGGUGAUUCGGGCGCCUGGCUACCGAUGGGAGGAAGGCAGCGAUUCCACGGUGCUGCUGACGUUCGAGAUUGAUCCAGCCACAUCCCUCACCAACAUCAACGUGGAAAUUGAGGAGUCAUGCAUCAAGUGUUGGGUCGAAGGAGAAGAGCCCGUCGUCUGCGGUCAACUGCAUCAGACGGUGCUGCCGAAGAAGAGCGGGUGGCGUCUGCAGGCGGGCGCGGAAGUCUCAACAGUUUGCGUAUCCCUGUUCAAGCGCGUCCCCAUUUCCUGGUCUUACCCCAUCAAGGGCGAUAUCGAUGACACGUGGCAGUGCGACGCACAGAGCCACAUCUACCUUGCUCACUUUUUUGCUUCCGAAGGCGACGCACACGCGGAGUGGCACCACUGGCAGGAGGCGGCUGCCAAGCGCCAUCCAGAUGCGCUGCUCGCCCUCGCGCGCGUGUAUCAGUCCGGUGCGCCCGCGUUCCACAUCCCGCGCGACGCCAACAGGAGCCGACAGCUGCUGGAGCAGGCAGCAGAGCAGCACCAGCCACAAGCCAUGCUCAUGCUCGGCCAACUGCACCAAGAGGGCGCAUUUGGAGAGACCGACAACGCAGCGGCACUCGAAUGGUACCGCAAGUGUUUGGAUCAGGAUGUGCUACAAAUGUUCAUCCGACACACAGGACAGCCAAACCCCGACUACACCAACAUUGCACACUACAACUCUGCCAUCAUCCUCCUGGACAUCCUGCAAGCUGUGCAGAGGUACGCGAGCACCAAAGGCGCAUUUGGAAUGGGCGCAACGGACAAGCUGAAGAAGAGCACGAGCCGGCCCCCGUCCACACCAACGCCGCUGCAUGACAUGCGCGGUGGCGAUACUGCCAGCGAGGCGAGCGGCUGGAGUGGUGUGCACAUGGGAGAUGAUGGUGAUGGCGAUGGUGGUGAUGGUGAUGAUGGUGACGCACUGAACACGAGCCGACAGGCAUCGUCCCACCAUCACCACCACACCCGGACAUCAUCGUCAUCAACGCACGACUCUGCACCGCCGCAGUCACCGCGACGCAACAACAGGGGCCGGCCGAAGCGAGACGCACCGGGCAGUCAAGGCGGCGUACUUGGCAAUGCUACCGUGUCGUUUGGCAUUGCUGCUGCCGCUGUCGCCACGUUUCUCAUCUUCCAUCUCAGGGGCGGCCACUGACGCGGGGUAGGAGAAAGACUUGGGAAGGGGAUGGAGGUGUAUUGUUGCAGACACUGUGCUGAUGUGUGUGUGUGUGUGUGUGGAGGUAGGUGUUUGUGUGUGUGAAUGCGCGCGUUAUUCUCUCAGAUUGCUGUUCCGCGUGUGUGUACGUAGCUUCGGACGUGCUGGGUAGUGCUUGUGUUGUGUCGUCUGUGGUGUUCUUUUCGCGUGUGCACGACGAGGGUCGCAGUUAACUGACAAUGAAUUCUGUGAAAGUGGU